GCCGACAAAGCACAACCACAGACCCUUUGUACACACAACAACAACUUGAACCACUUCAAACGCUUGUCAAGGAAGAGGAUUAUACUCUCUACCUUUCACGCCCACCUUACAUACGUGCUUACGUUCUUCUCGAGGUCUUUACAGAGAUCCACCACCCUAUUACCUUCUCAGCAAGGCUCUCUCAUCCACACAUUUGCGCACACAAACACGAGGAGACCACGACCGCCACAAACAACCAAACUUGGUCCCGCGCUCAUACAAGUUUACGCACCCAUCCUCUGUCUCUUCAGAAGCACUCCAGUGCUGCCUGCGUUUGAACACUUUCUCCAUUCCUGACGGGAAUAAAUCCACCUGAACCAGCUGGACUCGACCCUAUCCCACCAGCCCAUAUCUUGCGGCUAGCGACAAAAACACCCCUCCUAUCCUCCUACCUACUCUACUGCACAACAACUUUGGAUUCUCCUCAAGAUGACGGAUUCGUUGGCAAAUCAGCUGAACAAGACCUCAUUAAACGAUGGCGCAGAAGACCCCAACUGGAAAGACUCUCUUAAUCUGCCUGCCAAAGACAGCAGACAGCAGACAGAAGAUGUCACAGCCACCAAAGGUCUCGAAUUUGAAGACUUCUAUAUCAAGCGGGAGUUGAUGAUGGGCAUUUUUGAGGCCGGUUUCGAGAAACCUUCCCCCAUUCAAGAAGAGACCAUUCCUGUCGCCCUUACCGGUCGCGAUAUCCUUGCGCGAGCGAAAAACGGUACUGGCAAGACCGCUGCCUUUGUCAUUCCUACGCUCGAACGAAUCAACCCGAAGAAUCCCAAAACGCAGGCUCUCAUCCUUGUGCCUACUCGAGAAUUGGCCCUCCAAACGUCGCAGGUUUGCAAGACGCUUGGAAAACAUUUGGGUAUCAAUGUCAUGGUGACUACUGGUGGCACCGGCUUGAAAGACGACAUCAUUAGAUUGGGCGAACCUGUGCAUAUCAUCGUGGGAACUCCAGGCAGAAUCUUGGAUCUUGCAAGCAAAGGCGUUGCCGAUCUGUCUGAAUGCCCGAUAUUUGUCAUGGACGAAGCAGACAAACUCCUGUCCCCCGAAUUCACCGUUGUUAUUGAGCAGUUGCUCUCAUUCCUUCCCAAGGAUCGUCAGGUCAUGCUGUUCAGCGCCACAUUUCCGAUGAUUGUCAAGUCUUUCAAGGACAAACAUAUGCGCAACCCCUACGAGAUCAACCUGAUGGACGAGCUUACCCUCCGCGGUAUCACACAAUACUAUGCUUUCGUUGAGGAGAAGCAGAAGGUUCACUGUCUCAACACCCUCUUCUCCAAACUCCAGAUCAACCAGUCCAUCAUUUUCUGCAACUCGACAAACCGAGUUGAGCUUCUUGCAAAGAAGAUUACAGAGCUCGGCUAUUCCUGCUUCUACUCUCACGCAAAGAUGCUCCAACAGAACCGAAACAAGGUUUUCCACGACUUCCGCGCUGGAGUCUGCCGAAACCUUGUUUGUUCUGAUCUCCUCACCCGUGGUAUCGAUAUCCAAGCCGUCAACGUGGUUAUCAACUUCGAUUUCCCAAAGAACGCUGAAACGUAUCUCCAUCGUAUCGGUCGUUCGGGCCGAUUCGGUCACCUUGGUCUUGCGAUCAACCUGAUCAACUGGGACGAUCGGUUCAAUCUCUACAAGAUUGAACAAGAGCUAGGGACUGAAAUUCAGCCAAUCCCGCCUUCUAUCGACAAGAGCUUGUACGUGUACGAAAACCCUGAAAGCAUUCCUCGGCCCAUGCCGCCUCCACAACCUGCGAAAGCCCUUCCUUCUAACGCGCAAUACAAUGCCAAUUCCAACGGUCAACCCCAGUUCCGUCGACAACAGAAUCAAUCCAAUGGUUAUGGGCAAGACUACAACAACCAGGGACGCGGAGGAUAUCGGGGCCGAGGUCGUGGUCAAGGUCCCCGCGGGCGUGGGGGUUAUUCCCAGCAGACGGCCGCACCAGUUGGUCAGACCGCUCAGUAAAUCUGGGGUGAUUCUGAGCUGGAGGUUUGAUCUGACAUUUUGGUGCACUGGCGUUUUCUUUCCAUGGCUUUUUUGCAACGGCGUUCUGUCUUUUUCACAUGCUUACGAAGGUCCACGACAUGCGACAUGCGCAAGCUCGGAGUUCAAUCAUGGUUAAUAUGAUUUCACAUGCUAUGCGAUCUGUACAACAGUCUCGUGCAGUAUCUCUUUGCUCUUUGGAAUGUCACCGUUCUGGAUGGACGGAGCAUGAGCAGUGGUCUCGUUUUCCGUUGACUGAGCCUGGUUUGCAGUCAUUCAGAGAGGACUAUGACGAUGUUUUGUCUUCGAAAGAAUUUUGGGGGGUCGGGGCAUGUUUGCACAACCGGCGCCAGGUGCGAACAUUGGACCGCAGACCGCUACAGGGGUUGUAGAUCUGCACGGCGUUCAGUGGGAAUUUUCUGUUUUUCAUCCAGAGACUUUCCAUGACUAUGCGACCUGGUUUACCAGCUUGCCGGACCCAGCAGAGGCUACUGAUAUUGUUUUUCAACUCGACUCUCCACAUUCUUACUCCAGACUCAUGCGAACCCACGAUACUCCCAUCUACUCUGAUACCGAUCGGAGCUUUGAUACUCACAACUACACCCGCUACACACGCAGUACUUCGGCCAAUGCUUGCUCCCACAUCCGACACAUAUUGACCGCCUUUUUUCGAUCCCAUGACUACCAACUGCCCCUACUUGUUGAGACAUCAACCGUGGAUGUCUCGGCGCUCAUCACCUUACUCUCAGCCCUGACCCAAUUGGAUGUUCCCAACGAACUUUUCGCUGGGCCUGACAUCGACAAAAACAAAUCUCAAUCUUUGUUGUCCCAUCCUCCGUCUUCAGAACUAAGAUAAGACGAGGAUCCUUUUUAUCCAUGGACACAAAGAGGACCCGGCCCCGCCGGCACCACCUACAAAAACUCAAAAACCUUACAAAAAAAGAAUAGGAGGAAACAUUACAGCCCCCGAAACCUAACGCUGCCGAAACGCUGCCCCAGCUAGCCCUUGGAAGUCGCCAGCGUUCCCGCGCUUCCUGGAGUCACAACGCAGCAAAGCAAGCAUGUCGGCUUACCCAUUGUACGUGUACAGAAAACAGUCACAACCCAAAUUUGCGGGUUACUUGUAACCCGGAGAGCCGAGAACUACGAUCACCCAAGUCCAGGAUAAGUCCCACUGAUUUGGGACACUGCGGGCUAGACAAAGAUGCUCUUUAUUGCCAAAAGACAAGAUUAGCUUGCCAGUGACCGAUGCGAUGAUCUAUCUCGAGAUGGGCAACGACUCACUACUGACUUCAUACCUAUCAUGGCAUCGUACCCAAAUUGGAACUCUGUCAGAAGGAGUUGGUACCUCGAGAAUAAGGUAGCUAGCUAGCUAGAUCUAGGUCUUGUUGAGAAUUAAUAGAGCCAUACUUUCCUCUGAA